CCUGGAAAGCGGCGGCGCGCUCUGACCCGGAGUGCUCCUCCUGCGGCCGGGAGCCGGGGCCGGGAUCCGCAGGAAGAGAGGCUACUCCCUUUCGGAUUUUAUCCGCGGCCUCUGGUUACCCUUGAAGCUCCCGGCCCGAGCGGAGACCGGAGACUGGUGCUGUCUGCCGACAGGAGGAGGAGGAAGAGCAGGAACAGGAGCGGGCGCGGGACGGCAGUGCCCCCGACGGGCGGCCGGAGCGCAGGGAGCGGAGGACGGGGCGCCCGGCGCAGGCCUUCGGCAGCCUCAACUGGAUGUCCUGUGACUGAGACUCCCCCAGCGCUGCAUUUGAUUACUAUGCCUUUGGAGAUGGAGCCCAAAGUGAGCAAGCUGGCCUUCGGGUGUCAGAGAAGUUCCACCUCGGAUGACGACUCCGGCUGCGCCCUGGAGGAGUACGCGUGGGUCCCCCCAGGCCUCAGACCUGAGCAGAUCCAGCUCUAUUUUGCAUGUUUGCCGGAGGAAAAGGUUCCUUAUGUGAACAGCCCUGGAGAGAAACAUCGGAUUAAACAGCUCUUAUACCAGUUGCCACCGCAUGAUAAUGAGGUGCGGUACUGCCAGUCCUUGAGUGAAGAGGAAAAGAAAGAACUGCAGGUGUUCAGCGCUCAGCGAAAGAAGGAAGCACUUGGAAGGGGGACAAUCAAACUUCUGUCCAGGGCGGUGAUGCACGCUGUGUGUGAGCAGUGCGGCCUGAAGAUAAACGGAGGGGAGGUGGCAGUGUUCGCCUCCCGGGCUGGCCCCGGUGUGUGCUGGCACCCGUCCUGCUUUGUGUGCUUCACGUGCAGCGAGUUGCUGGUCGACCUCAUCUAUUUUUAUCAGGAUGGAAAAAUUCACUGUGGCAGGCACCACGCAGAACUGCUCAAGCCCCGGUGCUCUGCAUGUGAUGAGAUCAUUUUCGCUGACGAGUGCACCGAAGCAGAGGGUCGCCACUGGCACAUGAAGCACUUCUGCUGCCUUGAGUGCGAGACAGCCCUGGGGGGACAGAGGUACAUCAUGAAGGACGGGCGCCCCUUCUGCUGCGGCUGUUUCGAGUCUCUCUAUGCCGAGUACUGUGAAACCUGCGGGGAGCAUAUUGGCGUAGACCACGCACAGAUGACCUACGAUGGGCAGCACUGGCAUGCCACGGAGGCCUGCUUCUCCUGUGCCCAGUGCAAGGCCUCUUUGCUGGGGUGUCCGUUCCUUCCCAAACAAGGGCAGAUCUAUUGCUCCAAAACCUGCAGCCUCGGGGAAGACAUCCACGCCUCUGACUCCUCUGACUCCGCCUUCCAGUCAGCGAGGUCCCGAGACUCCAGAAAAAGCGUCCGCAUGGGCAAGAGCAGCCGGUCGGCUGACCAGUGCAGGCAGUCUCUCCUCCUGUCCCCCGCUCUGAACUACAAGUUCCCCGGCCUCUCAGGCAGUGCUGAUGACACCCUCUCCCGGAAGCUGGACGAUCUCACUCUCUCCAGACAAGGAGCCGGUUUUGCCAAUGAGGAAUUUUGGAAAGGCAGGGUGGAGCAUGAAACCCCAGAAGAACCCGAAGAAUGGGCCGAGCAUGAAGAUUACAUGACACAGCUCCUCCUCAAAUUCGGCGAUAAAAGCCUCUUUCAGCCACAGCCCAGUGAGAUGGACAUCAGGGCGAGCGAGCAUUGGAUAUCUGAUAACAUGGUUAAAAACACCCCGGAGUUAAAGCAAAAUCACCAGAGCCUUGCGAGUAAAAAAUACCAAUCUGAUAUGUACUGGGCUCAGUCACAAGAUGGGCUGGGCGACUCGGCUUACGGCAGCCACCCAGGGCCCGCAAGCAGUAGGAGGUUGCAGGAGCUGGACCUGGACCAUGGUGCUGCGGGAUACAAUCACGACCAGACACAGUGGUAUGAAGACUCCCUGGAGUGCUUGUCAGACCUGAAGCCGGAGCAAAGUGUUCGAGAUUCCAUGGAUUCUCUGGCUUUGUCUAAUAUCACAGGGGCGUCCGUAGAUGGAGAAAGCAAGCCAAGACCGUCCUUGUAUUCCCUACAGAACUUUGAGGAGAUGGAGGCGGAAGACUGCGAGAAAAUGAGCAACAUGGGGACUCUGAACUCCUCCAUGCUGCACCGGAGCGCGGAGUCCCUGAAAAGCCUGAGCUCAGAGCUAUGUCCGGAGAAGAUCCUGCCCGAGGAGAAACCGGUGCAUCUGCCGGUGCUCAGAAGAUCCAAGUCCCAGUCCCGGCCCCAGCAGGUCAAGUUCUCGGACGAUGUCAUCGACCACGGCAGCUACGACGACAUCGAGGUCCGGCAGCCCCCGAUGAGCGAGCGGACGCGCCGCCGGGUCUACCACUUCGAAGAGCGGGGCUCGCGGCCUCACCACCACCGCCGGCGGCGGCGGAGCAGGAAGUCGCGCUCCGACAACGCCCUCAACCUGGUGGCGGAGCGCAAGUACUCGCCCAAGGACAGGCUGCGGCUGUACACGCCCGACAACUACGAGAAGUUCCUCCAGAGCAGGAGCGCCCGCGAGCUGCAGGCCUAUGCCCAGCGCGGCGGCGGCGGCGGCGACCUCUACGGCCGCUACGCGCACGCCACCUCCGACUACGCCCUGCAGAGCCCGGGGGUGAGCCGCUUCCUGGGCCUCUACGGCGAGGGCGACGGCUCCUGGUGCUCCUCGUCCUCCUCCUCCACCUCGUCCUCCUCCGACUCCGAGGAGGAGGGCUAUUUUCUCGGCCAGCCCAUCCCUCAGCCCAGGCCGCAGAGAUUUGCCUACUACGCCGACGACCUUUCUAGCCCCGCUUCCGCGCUCCCCACCCCUCAGUUUGGUCAGAGGACAACUAAAUCCAAGAAGAAAAAAGGACACAAAGGCAAAAACUGUAUUAUUUCCUAAGCGAGUAGUGAUGGAGAGCAUUUGUUUCAGCUUAGCCAUUAACCAUCAGAGUAUUUUUUUCUUCCCUAGGAAAGUUGCUAAGAUAGUUUAAAGUGCUUUCUUUGUCCGUGUAAAUGAGAACCCUACUGCUGUUUACAGUGUCAGAUUCACAUUCGAAAAGGUGUCGUUUCUCCCGUUUACUUACGAAGCCUCCCUGGGGGGCGCCGGGUUAGGGUGACACCUUGUGCCUGUGGCAGGCGCGCUACAGUUUCAUCCAUUGCCCCAGUCUCCAAAGAAACGGACCCGAGGUGAUCAGACAGGGGUGUCACUCUGGAAGGCGAGGAGUGCCGGCCACCUUCGUUGCGCAGUAGUGUCUGUCAGUCACUGCAUAACUUGGGUUGGCCUCGGUCCUGAUCUGGGCCUCUUGCGAGGCAUGCACGUGGCCCCGGUGACCUAGCUGACACUGUGCGUCGUUGCGUGAGGCCAACUUGUCCCCCAUUAGCCCGGUAAACAUUGUAUUAACUCCAGCUACAGAUAGGAAAAAAAA